GGAUCCAAGGGCUCGCGCACUCAGGAGAGGACAAUUUGGAACCAGAUCAGACCAAGACCGUUACGAUGGACCUGCAAAAGGAGGAUCAGGAAAGCACAACAAAGGAGAGACAGUCAACAAACUCUCAAAUCGUCGAUCCCACACUGCAAACACUCCGUCAACUAUCCAACUUUAUACCACCUACCUCACCAAGUUCCAAUGACCAGCAGACGUCGAGCACAACCACACCGUCCGCACAUCGGCCUCCGAUGUCACUAGAGGAAGCAGUAUUAGAGGAUCCGGCGGGAGUGUUUGCAGCCAAGAAAUCCGAGUUUGACGCGCAUCGUCAAUACUUGCUGCAAAUGAGGGAGCUCCUCAAACAAGCAGAAGACCCGGAGAUAGCUAGGCAGUAUUUAGUGGAGUUCAAGGAUUAUCAGGCAAGAUUUGGGACCCUUAAAGUCAAGACGGAAAAUGCAGGAAGACGGUCCAAGGAGCUAAAAGCUGAGAUUCAGAAAGAAACGACAUUGAUUCAACAGUACUCGGCAGAAUUAGCGCGACCUAAGGAGGUGAAGGCCACAUGGACUAGUGCUGUGAAAGGCUAUCCUUACAUGGAGGACAUCAAUUCAUUCUGGGACCUUUUCCCUCUCGAGCUGAGACCCCGGAAAUUUAUCUUACCAGUCAUUGCGUUAUUUCUGCUGAUAAUAUACACAGUCAUUGAUGGAUCGUCGAGUCGCAAGCAGCAUGGAUAUGCGCAACGUUAAACAUCGUAGUAUAGAUUUGCCACUUGAAGGGCCUACAAAGUCUGUUUGUACAUAUUGAUUGGAUAAGAAGAUUCCUUUGCCGUUUC